AUGUCUUUUACAACCUACAUUGGCCUAGCUACAGUGUUCACUUUCUUGAUUCUGACAAACGUGCUGGGGAACACUUUGGUAAUCAUCGUGGUAUUUACAAGAAGGAGCAUGCGCACUCCAAUGAACUUCCUUCUAGUUAAUCUGGCUGUCGCUGACAUGUUAGCUGGGAUUUUCAUUGGCGUUCUGGUCGUCAUCAACCCCACCUAUCAGCAUCCUACUGGAACAACCGGUCAGUACCUUUGCAAAUUCAUUACAGGUGGGACUGUCGCGUAUACUGCAGCGGUGGCGUCCGUCUACAACCUGGUAGCAGUAUCCGUUGAGCGGUAUUUUGCUGUGUUGUACCCGCUGCGUGAGGCAAGGUUGACGCCCCGUAACCUUAGAUUGAUAAUCCUUGGUAUCUGGUGCCUGUCGCUCCUGUGGGUGAUGCCUCUUUUUGUACAUGUGACCUAUCGAGCGGACAUUCAGACCUGCGGCGAACAGUGGUCCAAUCCUCUGUUACCAAAGAUAUACAGCUUUGGUUGGAAUAUCGUGGCAGCACUUGUUCCGAUGUCUAUCAUGGCCUUCCUGUAUUCUAAGGUUUGUAAUAAUACCUUUGUUACAGUUAACCUGUAGCUUUCCACUUAAAGGUUUGACUUUACACAGUUAUAGAUAACAGGUGUCGUGAAAAUGUGCCUCAGGAGUCUCCAAUUAAUUAUACUUGUUUGGCUUACUGCGAUACUGCACGUACACAGUAGCGGGUCUAGAUCGCACAAAACUAGGUUUUUAAUUUUUUAAUUUUUAUUUUUUUUUAUUGUUGUCAUAGUGGUAUCGAUUUAACUUAAAACUACAAUUUGACAAACUUCAAUCCAAAAUCAGUCAGUGGUAAAAAUUUCAGAGCGAUCGGACAAGCAUAAAAUCACUUUUAAAGGGAUUCAAAAAUGUCGGUAUUGCCUCCGAAAAACUCUAUCGUUACAAAGAGGCAAUAAUUUGGAUCUGGAUCCGGUAUGCAAGACUGUUGUUACUUCUGAUUGUUAGUUAAUAUUGCUUGAAACUACUUCUAUUACAGGUGGUGUACCGUCUUUGGUUUAAUCAGGAACCAAACGCAGACGAAACUCAGAAAGCCUUGCGGCGUUCCAGAAUACGAGUCACCAAAAUGGUCCUCGCUGUUACCGUCAUCUACGUCAUGUGCUGGGUUCCCACAGUAGUGGUGUAUUUCCUGGCUCAUCUCACGCCAGGCAAGCUGGCUGUCCAUUCGCCUAUUCAUUUGAUCACCAUCGCUCUAGCUGCCUUGAAUUCCACGGUCAACCCGAUCAUUUACAGCUUUCAGAGUCAGCGAUUCCGUCAAAAUUUGCUUCAGUUAUUGUGCUGCAGAAAGGGAGGGAGAAAUCAGGUCAUACCGGUACAAAGUCAGGGACAACAGUCCUCCACUCGAACGAAGACAACAACUACAGGAUUUUAAAGGAUGCUUUUAAUAUACUUGUGCAAGGCGCUUAUCACUGAUACAUUAACACUUUUCGUCUGGAAAAAAGUACUGCGAACAAAACAAAAAAUUCUGAAUUGCCAUUUACGGAAAGUGAACUCCUCCUGCCUUGAAUUAAGCGCCUCAAGACUAGACCCAAAGGAUCAAUAAUGCUUUUUGUCUCACUAAGCUAUUAAUAUUAUAGUUGGUAGUCAUUGUUAUUGGCUCUCUCGUAUAGAACUUGCCAAAAAUUUCAAAGCAAAUUAAACACGAACAUUUUUCUUCCAUCUUUCUGUCUGAUAUGAUAGCUGAAUGAUUAUGCACGUAUCUAAAGCGUUUCCAUCUUGUCAACGCUAAAUGAAAAUCAUAUUGUGAAAAUUUAGGUUAAGUAAUAAGACUCGGCGUUCGAGGGUUUCCAGUUUCUACAGAAUAUUGCCAUUUUAUUUCUCAGCCUGAGCAAAAAAGGUUAAGCCAAAAAACUGUUAUAAAACCGGCGGAUCCGUAAAUUAAGACUACUCAGGUUUCAAACCGAAACAUAAAUGCAGUAGUCUCUGAACUAUUUUCACAGUCAUUCCCCGUAUUCAGUUAAAGUGGUCUAAAUAUCUAUCUGUCUUACCUUAUUUCAGCAGUUAUUGUUAUGAUAUUGAUUUCUUUAUGAGGUUAAUAAAUUCUUUUUCAAUUUACGCAUUCAAUAUCAAGACGUCGGCAGUACUGAGUAUAAAUUUAAUUGUUCCAGGAUAUCAUGCCCACUUUAAUUAAAGGUCUUAUCGUUUAACAGUGUCAAAAAGGCAAUCUACGACUCUAUACUUUCAUAUUCCCAGAAUGAAUGACACAAAGACAGUAAUUUCUUUUUAGAAAAAGAGAAAAAAGCAGUUCCCAUUAUUUCUAAUACUCGUCCAGCAUAAACUGCAACGCAGUGGUUAUUUUUUUUUCUCAAAAUCGGUUUACAAGGCGCGAUGUUUUUAACCAACGCCAAAAUACGGGUUGUAUUCCAGUGUACGUCCAGCAGUUACUAUAAUCUCGCGGGAAAGGAGACACUCCCGUCAGAAUUUAGUCAUCUUUAAUACUUGCCGUUUCCCUGAGCCAGAUUCUAAUAAGGUCAGGGGCGGAGUUGGCGAGCGGUCGAAUCGAUUCUUGGUUAGAUCCAGUGAAAAUGCGCUUGCUACCUUCUGCUGACAAGAGUCAAAAGAAAAUAGAAUCUACUGGUGGCAUAAUAUGUCAUUACUGUUUACAUUUAGCUAUUUUAAUUACCUCAGUUUUGAGCAAACCUCGGAAGGACACAGGGUAUCGUAUUUUCAUGUUGACAUUAAGUGUUCCAAUGACAAACGAAGCUAGAAAAUAAGAAACAUCUGCUUCACCGUGAGAAGAAAAUAGAAAAUUGGACAGCCAGAGCGGUUAGUUUUAUUUUUUCGUCAGAGAAUUGCCUUAGUGGCAACGGAAGAAAAUACUCGACCUUUUUAGAUGAUUUUGACGCUUCGAAAGUACAGGCAAAUGGCCAGCCAGAGACUGCGGUCUUAAGAAAUCCAGGAUUAACAACUUCAUCAGGUAAUUGAGGUACUUUUGUAUUUUUCACCUUACUCACCUUAAGACAAAAAAGGGAUCCGGAUUUCUAUCUACUGCGACUGGCUUACCUCGAUGCACUUGUCGCGAACCUAAACUUUUCUUGAACAAAAAAUACAUUUUUUUGUCACUUGCGUCCGCGACCUAGCUAGUCUGAUAUCAGAGCCCAUAACACGAUGCUUAAAUUCUGUUCUUGUGCCAAAUUGAAAAGUAAACUUUGCACGCCAAUUGACGUUUCUACAGUAUCGAAGUUCUGCAAAGCAGAAUAUGUCUUGUAGAAAACUAUAAAUAGCAUGAUUGGAGGGCGAUUUUCAGCAAAAUAUUCAGGCGCGAUAGUAACCUUGACAUCUUGAAAAACUUAACAGUUGUUUCCAAUUUGUUGGCCCCACGGUAACGGAUUCUAGUUAAUUGAAUAUCGACCUGUGGAAUUAAUGCGUAAAGAGACGCUUUUUGUGCGAAGUGUGUAUUUCUCCAGUGACUGACUUGUUUAGUCAGUAAAAAGAAAAGCCGACAAUUUGACAAUAAUACCCCACCUUUCACUAAAUCUAUUCGGUUUACAUUUCAUUUAUUCUGACUAGAUAUAUUUUUACUUUUGCCAACAAAAGUUUGAUUAUUUUGUAAGCCAAACGGAGAAAGACGAAAAAGUAAAACUUAAAUCAUUAGGUGCCAGUCAAUAACUUUGUUGGGCGGAAAAGAUCCAGACGGCACUCUAAAUUAAAAAAAGUUUCAUGGAGCUCACUUAAAUCCCGUGAUCCCGUGGGUUUUUAUCGGCUAAUUCCGAUCACGAGUUGAAUUUUUUAAAAUGACAGAUUUCUCCAUCUCCGGAGAACUUGACAAGCAUAUUUGGAAUAUGAUGAAAGGAAAUGUGGAUCAGUCGCAAUGGCCGUGUAGAAAGGUCCAGGGAAAUACGAAUAGCUUGGGCAUGUUAAGUCAAAAUUAAACAGUAUUUUUUUUACAUUUAAGAAGAGGCAGGGUACUUUCCCUACCGGAUCUCGGUUCUCAAGGACAACAAUUCUCAAAGGAUCGCAAAACCCCUAAAUUUCGUCUCAAAUCCCGUAUGUUACCUCUAUUUUUCUCUGCGAUCCCGACUCCCGAAAAACCUAACUGUUACCUGCCAUGAAAAUCGAACACCUUGCAAAAGCCUGAAUAAACAUUGGAUUUUACCUCUUCAUGCUGUUAAUUUCACUGUGUAAACAUUUCAUCAAUUUCUUACUUAUCACUACAGAAAAAAUGGUGGUAUACUCUAUAAAAAAGAAAACAUUAAAGCCACCCGACACGUCAUUCUAGCAAGUUGACUAAAGGCGAAAUCAUGAAAAGGUUUAGCAUCCGUCUCACCCGAUUUCAUUAUGGUAUGUUUUCUUAAGCAAGCCGAUCAGAUCGCUUGUAGAUAACAGGUGCCGUAGCAUAUUUCUUUGCGGUCCUCGUUUCUACUAAGAAAUUGUACAAUUUCAUUUAACCCUCUUCCUUGAUAAUUUCCUAUUUUCACUUUUUACAGGCAACAAGGACAAUGUUGGACUCUGCAGAAUACAUUGGCCUUGCUACAACAUUCUCGGCGAUGAUUAUGACAAAUCUUGUGGGAAACGCUUUGGUAAUCAUUGUGGUGUUUACAAAAAGGAACAUGCGCACUCCAAUGAACUUCCUUCUGGUAAACCUGGCUGUCGCCGACAUGUUAGUCGGGGUCUUCAUUGGUGUCCGCUUCGUAAUCAAUCCUACCUACCAACACCCGAACGGCAUUUCUGGUCAAUACGUCUGCAAGUUCAUCACGGGCGGGACACCUGCGUUUACAGCAGCGGUAGCUUCCAUCUAUAGUUUAGUAGCUAUAUCUGUGGAGCGAUACUUUGCAGUUUUGUAUCCGUUUCGUGAGGAGAGGUUAACGCCUCGAAAUCUGAAGUUGAUAAUUCUGGGUGUAUGGCUGUUGUCCUUGUUGUGGGUGACUCCUUUAUAUGUGAUAGUGACCUACAGGGAGGAUAUUCGGACUUGUGGCGAACAGUGGCCCAAUCUGCUUCUACCGAGGAUUUACAGCUUUGGUUGGAAUAUUAUCGCCGGCGUUGUACCAAUUUGUAUCAUGGCCCUUCUCUAUUCCAAGGUUUGUAAAAAAAAGUAAGGUAGACAAACACAAGUAGGGACGAAACUACAUUGUAAAUAGUUUAUGCUCGAGUGGUCAAGCGGUCAAGCCCGGGUGAGUUUAGUCUUGAAUAGGACAGUUGGUCAAGGAUCUCAUCAGAAUCAAAUUUGACCCUGACUUGGAUUCUGGUGAGACACAAGUUAUUAACCGACGCCAUUCGCUGUCACUUACAGUCGUUUUCAGGACUGCACUCGAAUGCUUCAAUAGAGAUCUUUCACGCACAAAUGUUUUGCAUGUCAAAACGCCUGGAAAUCCCUCAACAUGAUUCCUGGGUUAGCUGGUGGUAUGUGGGUAUAUCUCUACAUGUCUCCAGCAACAUAAAGCAGGGAAAAACUAUUAUUCUUCACGAAUUUCUGGGUGUAAAAUUUUAAAACUAAAUAUGUUGUCACUUAAUUUGUUACGGGUCCAUCACAGUGCUGACUACAUCGGUCAGUUGGCCAUGAAGAAUUUCAAAACAUCUAACACUUUUUUGCAAGAUAAUUAGUUCAUUUGUUGAUAAAUGUUUAUUGCUUUUAGGUCGUGUUUCGCCUUUGGUUCAAUCAGGAGCCGAAUGCAGAUGAGACCCAAAAAGCAUUGCUCCGUUCACGAAAACGUGUCACGAAAAUGGUUCUAGCCGUCAGCAUCGUUUACGUUAUUUGUUGGGUUCCUACGGUAGUGGUAUACUUUCUGGCUUAUGCGAUUCCAGNACUACAUUGUAAAUAGUUUAUGCUCGAGUGGUCAAGCGGUCAAGCCCGGGUGAGUUUAGUCUUGAAUAGGACAGUUGGUCAAGGAUCUCAUCAGAAUCAAAUUUGACCCUGACUUGGAUUCUGGUGAGACACAAGUUAUUAACCGACGCCAUUCGCUGUCACUUACAGUCGUUUUCAGGACUGCACUCGAAUGCUUCAAUAGAGAUCUUUCACGCACAAAUGUUUUGCAUGUCAAAACGCCUGGAAAUCCCUCAACAUGAUUCCUGGGUUAGCUGGUGGUAUGUGGGUAUAUCUCUACAUGUCUCCAGCAACAUAAAGCAGGGAAAAACUAUUAUUCUUCACGAAUUUCUGGGUGUAAAAUUUUAAAACUAAAUAUGUUGUCACUUAAUUUGUUACGGGUCCAUCACAGUGCUGACUACAUCGGUCAGUUGGCCAUGAAGAAUUUCAAAACAUCUAACACUUUUUUGCAAGAUAAUUAGUUCAUUUGUUGAUAAAUGUUUAUUGCUUUUAGGUCGUGUUUCGCCUUUGGUUCAAUCAGGAGCCGAAUGCAGAUGAGACCCAAAAAGCAUUGCUCCGUUCACGAAAACGUGUCACGAAAAUGGUUCUAGCCGUCAGCAUCGUUUACGUCAUUUGUUGGGUUCCUACGGUAGUGGUAUACUUUCUGGCUUAUGCGAUUCCAGGAAAAGAAAAGGUUCAUUCGCUGAAUCAUAAAAUCACUAUUGCCCUCGCCACAUUUAAUUCUACAAUCAAUCCAAUUAUCUACAGCUUUCAAAGCCAACGAUUUCGUAACGGCUUGAUACAAACUUUGUGUUGCAGAAAGAGGAACACCAACCGAGUCGUGCCGAUAAGGAGUCAGCAGCAGCAGACCUCUUUGCAAAUGACUUUGCACAACACGACAGGAUUUUAA